CCUGCCUCCGAGGCGAGGGCGGCGGUCGCGGCGCGCUCCGGGGCUGGGGUUCCCAUGGCUGUGGAGAGUAGGGACCCCGUGGCGCGAUGGCGCGUGGCCCACCAUCUUGUUUCGGUCCCGGGGAGGAGAGGGGGGCUUUCGGAAAGGUCGCCGGGGUAACGCGGGGCUGGGGCUGGCCGAGGUGACCGCGAGCGGCCCCCUCCGAGGCGAGGCCUUAACUGUGUGUGUGGGGGGGUGGGGGCCUUAGCGGGCCAGGCCGCGUGGGCCGCGGUCUACGGAGGCCGGGGAGGCCUUAGGGCCUCCGUGCCUUCCUCGCUUUGCUUUCUCGAGAGCCCCUCCGUCUGUUUUGUGUGUGUGUUUGUUGUUUGUUUUAUUGGGGUUUUUUUGUAUUUGUUUUUUGGGGGUUUUUUUGUAUUUCGGAUGUCUCUUUCGUACGUUGGAGAGCGACAAGAUCCUCCGAGAUCCUCCCAGCCGCUGGUCCUGGCCGCCUUGGGAAAGGCUGGUGGGCCAAUCCGAACUUUCCAGCCUCGGGCUCCUGAGGCCCUUCGCUUCUGCCCAACCCCUUUCCCUGAACGUCCAGUUUUUCCUAGCCGGUCCCCUUAUUCUUCCCAAAGGGACUGCCCUCCUCGGUCACAGAAAUCUUGCUCUAUUUAGUUAUUGUCUAGACUCUGGAGGAUAAAAGCCCCGAGGGGAGAGACGUGGACUUAGGCGUGAUUUUCCCGUCAGUGAGCUGUGCGGAGGGGCGGGGGGGUAUUAGCGAUGGAUGGGGCAAGCAUCUCAAUUCGGAGGAGGUAAACCUGCCGCAGACAUGGGAGUCCCCUCAAUGCACCUCCAGUUUGAAUUCCUCUCAGGAAGAAGUCUCAGUGACAAGGGAACCAGUUUUUCCCAAAUGCGGGAGAUUUUAUCCAAGGACCUCUCUUUUGUUUGGAGGAUUAGCUCAUUUUUAUUUUAAAUCUGUGAGCUGGAGUUUUUUGCUUUUGUUGGUUGGGGUAGGAUUUUGAGUUUUAGUGCCUAUUAGUGGCUCUACACCUGUAUUCGAUACCUAAAAAAAUUUUUAUUUUUAAACUACACAGUUCUCCGAAGGGUUUGUGAGGUGUCUUGCUUUGGGAGUUACAGUAUAAAUUCAAUCCAUCUUAUGUUUUUUUUAAAAAAAGCCUAUGAAGGUACUGGUUUAUUUAUAAAAUUCAGUUAGAUCUGUGUGAUUUGCUUUAAUAUCUGCAAAAGCAAUUAUAGCAUUUGAAUGUUUUAUUGCUGUCGCUCCUUUACAGGGCAGUGAUGUGUUAAAGAACUGCUGCAAAGAUGAAGAAAUAGCCUCAAACGGUUAUGUGGUCCUUAAAUAGAACCAGUUAUGUUUUUUCUUUUAAAUUACAUUUAUUUGUUUAUAUUUCUCUUUUUUGGUGUAUGUAUGUAUGUAGGUGUGCGCACACUGCAGUUUGGAGAUCAGAUGACUACUUGGUAAUACGAAGUUCUCUCCUACUGAGUAGGAAAUUAGAUAAUUCAAAAAUGGCAGAACUUGUUAUGGAAUGUGAAGAAGAAGAGUUGGAACCAUGGCAGCAGAAAGUAGACGAAAUUCAAAAUAAAGACGAUGAUGAUGAUGAGUUGAUCUUUGUUGGAGAGAUAUCAAGUUCCAAACCAGCCAUUUCAAAUAUUUUGAAUAGAUGUAGCCCUGGUUCAUCUUCAAAGGGACUAAAGAAUUACUCACUCAAUCCAGCUAUUUCUAAUAUAUUCAGACCUGCACAUCGACACUACAAAAAUCCAUUACCUAAUCCAGUGGCUGCUUUGCCUAGAUUUCAUCCUAAAUCCAAAUCUUCAGAGAAUUCUGGUGUUCAGACUGUGUUUAAACCUAGUUUUUCAAAGACUUCAUCACAAGAUGAUCCAGGUGGUGCUUCUGUCUUACUGUUAGACUCAGCCAAGGAUAAACCAUCCUACAGCAUACUGAAAAGGAGUACAGAAGGUAUCGAACAAACUUCGUUAGGAUUAAAACAUCCUUCCACUUCCAAAUUAAACAGUGUUAAUCCAAAAAAGCCAAAGACCAAUGCAAGUGUUUCUGAAACAAAUCCUUCCUCUUCAUCAUCUUUAAGUAAGUCUCCUUCCGAGGCUUCCUCCCAGGUUGUACUAUCAAAUGAAAAUACCUCAUCAAUUCAGGCUGAAACUGGAGCACCUUCACUAAGAUCUUGUCCAAAGUGCAAGGUUAAGUUCAGUUUUUUGGAUCCUUUGAAAUGCCACAUGAAGCGUUGCUGCCCAGACAUGAUAAAUAACUUUCUGGAGACUGUUAAGUCAGAACAUUCAACAACUGAAAACAAAGCUAACAUUGGCUUGGAUAAAGAAAAAUUGAUCAUGCUAGUUAGUGAUUUUUACUAUGGAAGACAUGAAGGAGCUGUUGAGGAAGAUCUAAAGACUUACACAACUUUUAAAUGCUUCAGUUGCUCGAAAGUUCUUAAAAAUAAUAUUAGGUUCAUGAACCACAUGAAACAUCACCUGGAGCAUGAAAAACAGAACAGUGAGUCCUGGGAAAGCCAUACCACAUGCCAGCACUGCUAUCGGCAAUAUCCCAACCCCUUUCAGCUACAGUGCCACAUUGAGAGUACACACACUCCUCAUGAUUUUUCUACUAUUUGCAAAAUCUGUGAAUUGUCAUUUGAAACAGAGCAUAUGCUUUUACAACAUAUGAAGGACACUCAUAAGCCUGGUGAAAUGCCAUAUAUUUGCCAGGUUUGCCAGUUUAGAUCAUCAAUAUUUUCUGAUGUGGAAACUCACUUUCGAUCAUCCCAUGAGAACACUAAGAACUUGCUUUGUCCAUUUUGUCUCAAAGUUAGUAGAAUGGCAACCCCUUAUAUGAAUCAUUACAUGAAACAUCAGAAUAAAGGAAUUUAUCGUUGCCAAAAAUGCAGACUACAAUUUUUGACCUGCAAGGAGAAAACAGAUCAUAAGUUAGAACAUCGCACAUUUAUAAAGCCUAAAGGACUAGAAGGAUUGCCUCCUGGAACAAAAGUUACUAUUCGAGCUUCGUUUGGAUCUGCUCAAUCAAGAUCAUCAAGUCCACCUUCUAGUUCUAUUCCAAGUACUUCUCUUCAAGUCGCAGCUCCAGAGUCUAAAAGUACAACUACUAAAAUCAACACAAAAGUAUUUGCAAAUAAAAGUAAGGUAACUAAGUGUCAGGCAGUCUUAACUGCGACAUGUAAACCCAAUCCAAGUAAACCAGGUACAAGUGCAACUAAAUCCAAAGCCAAGUCCUCCUACAAGCAAAAGAAGCAGCGCACCAGGAAGAACAAAUUCACUAUUGCCCUGAAGAAUUUGAGAUGUCACCAGGGAAUUCACACGUGUAUUGAGUGCCAUUCCAAAAUAAAAGAUUUUUCAAGCCACUUUUCUGCACAUAUAAACUGUGAUUUUUGCAAGUACACUACUAACUGUAACAAAGCCUUUACAAAUCAUAUGAGCUCUCAUAGUGACCACCCAAGUAAACAGUUGUAUAUUUUUAAGAAGCAUUCAAGAGCUCUCAGGGGCAUCACUCUAGUGUGCCUUAAAUGUGACUUCCUAGCUGAUACUUCUGGCUUAGACCGUAUGGCUAAGCACUUAAAUCAACGUAAAACUCAUACUUGCCAAGUAGUAAUCGAAAAUGUUACUGAAGAAGCUUAACGUCUGAAUCCACUUCUGAAUGCAGAAGCGACACAGAAAUUUCAAAAAAUGUCCAGUAUACUCCUGGACAGUGUCCACCUUCGAUGGACACAACUAAUGCCUGUUUUUCUUUCCACGGAAUGUGAAUUGUUUGACUGUGAGACCUGUUUAAAUUUGUGGCCUUGGGAAUCUGUCAGUUCUUAGGCAGAGUCCCUUUCUGCCUAACUAGCCUUACAUAAGGCUGGUGUUGAUUUGGCCAUCAGUAACCUCAAGGUCCACCAAAAUGAGCACAGCUUCCUACUGGGGGCUUUGGUACUUAAGUUUAGGCUUAUGAACAGUUGUAAUAAUGAAAGCCCACCAAGUAAGUGCUUUAACACCCAAGUUCAAGUUUAAUCACUUUGGCUACAGUCCUUUAAUCUUCCUCUAGCAUGAGUACAGUCUGAGGUAUAUGAAAAACCUGAUUGUAUAGGGAGUGAAAAUUUCAUGUUCUUGGAAAAGCAAACUUUGUGGAGUUCUAGCUCCAAAGUAAUUUUUUUAUGUUGUCAUUUAAAGUUUUAGCCAGUAUUCCAAGAGUUCUCAGCAGUGAUACUAUUUAAAUUCCUAAUUUUUUAAAAUUAAAUUUUGAUAGCUUGGUUUUUGUCAUUCACCAAAUUUAUUGAUGUCUACUUUGUAUGUCAACUUUUGUAAUUUCUGAUUAAAUCUUUCGUGUUUGUUAAAAA